AUGGCUGUCCCAAUCUCGACCGUCGCAGAGAGCAAGGAGCUCCGCGGAUUGAACCUCAUCGCCGCCCAUUCACAUAUCAGAGGUCUCGGUGUCGAUGUGGAUACUUUACAGCCUCGCACAUCAUCGCAAGGCCUUGUGGGUCAGGAAAAGGCUCGGAAGGCCGCGGCGGUGAUUUUGCAGAUGGUUAAGGAAGGCAAGAUUGCUGGACGCGCGGUUCUGAUCGCGGGACCUCCUAGCACGGGAAAGACGGCAAUUGCAAUGGGCAUGGCACAGUCUCUUGGUCCAGAUGUUCCUUUUACCAUGCUCGCUUCCUCCGAAAUCUUCUCGAUGGAAAUGUCCAAGACAGAAGCCUUGACCCAGGCGUUCCGGAAGUCCAUUGGCGUGCGCAUUAAAGAAGAAAGUGAAAUCAUCGAAGGUGAAGUCGUGGAGAUCCAAAUUGACCGCAGCGUCACCGGAGGCAAUAAACAAGGAAAGCUUACAAUCAAGACCACCGAUAUGGAAACAAUUUACGAUAUGGGAACAAAGAUGAUUGAUUCUAUGACCAAGGAACGGGUCAUGGCAGGAGACGUGAUUUCGAUCGACAAGUCGUCCGGCAAGAUCACCAAGCUCGGCCGCUCAUACGCCCGCUCUCGCGACUACGAUGCCAUGGGUGCCGACACCAAGUUUGUCCAGUGCCCCGAAGGCGAGCUCCAGGUUCGCAAGGAGAUUGUCCACACCGUCAGCCUCCACGAGAUUGAUGUUAUCAACUCGCGUUCACAAGGCUUCCUGGCCCUGUUCUCCGGCGACACAGGCGAGAUCCGGAGCGAAGUUCGGGACCAAAUUAACACCAAGGUGGCUGAAUGGAAGGAAGAGGGCAAGGCCGAGAUUAUUCCUGGUGUCCUGUUCAUCGAUGAAGUCCACAUGCUCGAUAUUGAGUGCUACUCAUACAUCAACCGUGCCCUCGAGGCAGAAUUGGCCCCUAUCGUCAUCAUGGCCAGCAACCGCGGCCAGGCACGUAUUCGCGGAACCACAUACACCUCCCCUCACGGCUUGCCCCUUGAUUUCCUUGAUCGUGUGGUCAUUGUUAGCACACAGAUGUACUCAGGCGACGAGAUCCGUCAAAUUCUCGCUAUCAGAGCCCAGGAAGAAGAAAUUGAUAUCUCGCCUGAUGCUUUGGCUCUUCUCACCAAGAUCGGACAGGAGUCCAACUUGCGCUAUGCCAGCAACAUCAUCACUACUUCUCACCUCUUGACCCAAAAACGCAAGGCGAAGGAAGUCAGUGUUGAUGACGUGCAGCGCAGCUUCCGUUUGUUCUACGACCCGGCUCGCAGCGUGAAGUUCAUCAACCAAUAUGAGCAGCGCUUUAUCGGCGACCAGGGCAAUGUUAACCUCAAUGCCGGUGCUAAUGGUGAUGCUAUGGAACUUUCGUAG